AUGAAUGCAAAAAAUCGUCUUAAUCUUCUCUUAUCUGAUAUACUCCGCAAUGAAUCUUCAUCAAAUAAUGAAUUUUCUCAAGGAUCUUCAACACAGAUAUUACCAUCAUUGACAUUUUCCGAACAUGAUUACCAUCCUUCAUCAAUGUUAUCUUCAGUCAUGAGAACAACAUCAUCAUCCUCAUCAAUAGCACCAUUACCACCACGUCGUAAUUCUUCAUCCCUAAGACAUCUUCAUCAAAAUCAUCAUAUUCAUCAAUCAGAUUCACAAAAACAACAACAACAACAACAACAACAACAACAACAGCAACCACAACCACUUCUUAAUUCUUCUACAUUAGAUGAUAUAUUUCGUGCAUUAACACUUGAAUGUGAACAGUAUUUAGCUGCUUCAUCAACAUCAUCAUAUCAAAAUAAAACAUAUGAUAAAUUAAUUAUUCAACCUUCAAAAACAACAAUGCAAAAAAAUGUUGAUUCCAAUGAUGAUGAUUAUGAAAAUUUACAUUCAUCAAAAUUACCAUUAUCGAAUGGUUUAUCUUCUCUUAAAACACGUAUUGAAGUAAUGAGUCCUGAAAAAAGACAAGUUGUUUCAAUAAGUGUGUCAUCAAAACUAUCAUCAUCUCCAAUCGUAUCUUGUUCACAAACUUAUCCAUUACUUUCAAAUUCAUGUACAACUACAUCAAUUCUACCACCAAUAAAUUGUCAUUCAAGUGAUGAAGAUUCUAUUGAUAUAUCAUCAUCAAGUACAAAUCGUAAACGUCGUCGUCGUAUCCGUAAACAACAUAUUAUAUCAUCAACAAAUCGAUCAAAUUCAUCAUCAGAUGAACAAACAGAUACAAUAAAUGGAAUAAUUAAUGAAAAAAAAUCAAUUAUUUCAAAACGUUCAUAUAGUACAGAUCAUCGUCAACAACGUAUUAAAAGUAUUUAUGAUAAUCAUCCAAUAUCAAUAUCUGCACAAAAAUUUCCAACACGACGUACACGUCGACGUGAUAUUUCCUUACAACAACAACAACAACAACAUUUGCCAAUUCCAACAAAAUAUAAUGAAGAUAAUCCAUCAAAUUUUUAUUCACCUCUUUCAGUUUUAUUAACAUCAACACGAUCAACAAAUGAUUUUGUUGAUCGUUCACAACAGCAACAACAACAAAGACGAUCACGUUUUGAAUUAGUUAAUCAUCAACCAGUAACAUUACUUGAUCGUAUGCAUCAUCAAUUUUAUCGAGCAUCAUCAACUCAUAAUAAUAAUAAUAACAAUAACAUUCCUACACAUCGAAUACCAUCGUAUCCGGUUUAUUAA